AUGGCGCAAAAACCUCAGACUCUCGACGGCAAAGUCGCCCUGGUCAGCGGGAGUUCGAAAGGCAUUGGUGCGGCCGUCGCGAUCGAACUUGCUUCCAGGGGCGCCCUGGUGGUCACAAACUAUCCGUUUGCUUCUCUAAAAGAGGAGGCAGAGUCCACGCUCGCAAAGAUUCGUGCCACAGGGGGAAGUCAUGCCACCGAGGCCUAUGCGAUAGAGUCGGACCUGGCCACUCUCGAGGGACCGAAACAUCUCGUCGAAGAGGCAGUCAGACAGCUCAGUGGCCGCAAAAUCGACAUUCUGGUAAACAAUGCCGGAAGGGCGAGUCCGCAACUCCUAAAGGACGUGACCGUCGAUCAAUGGGAGUUUCAAGUCCACUUGAACGGCCGCGGUACAUUGUUGACCACGCAAGCCGUAUUGCCGCAUCUGGCCAAGCCGAGCAGAAUCGUCAAUCUGAGCUCAGGCGGCGCGAGGCAGGCGUAUCCGGGGACGAGCAUCUACAAUGGUACGAAGAGCAUGAUUGAGAGCUUCACGAGAUGCUGGGCCGUGGAACUUGGCCGCGAGUACGAAUGCACCGUCAAUGCAGUCGCGCCAGGAGCGACCAACACCGACGCUUUCAACGCGCUCACCGGAGACACGCGGGAGAGUCUCGAACCCAUGCUGGCAAUGACUCCGGCGGCGUCGCGGAUUGGCGAGACUGAAGAAAUUGCCUAUGCCGUGGCCUUUUUCUGCGAGGAGAGAGCCAGAUGGAUUACGGGUCAGGUUCUACAGGUUAAUGGCGGUACUUUGAUGGCGUGA